AAGUUCAGAAUCCUUAAUUCCAUAAUUCAAAUUGCGCGUUUGUGUCUCGUUAUGUUAUUUCAUUUCGCUCAGUUUUCUAUUCUUCCAUCACAUCAAUCGAAGUAACAACACCUAACACGAUUGUCAAUUGGGUAUGAAAAUAUGUAGAUGAAACACACUUUUACUUCUCCACUAUCUCGCUUAUGUCGCCAACUUCUCCAGCCGGCUUUAUUGAAAUGAAGUAACUACUGACUACCAACCAACCUUGACUCCAACCAUCAAGGCAUCAUCAACCACCUUUUCUAAUGCCGGAACGAUGCUUCUGUUCUGUAUCUGUCUCCUCGCCCCAUCUCUAUCUUCAUCGCAAAACGACGAGACACCACCAUAUACAAAAGGGAAAGGAAGCAGAGUAGGGGAGGAAACAGAGCAAGAGAGGGAGAAGAAACCAUGGAGCAAAUUGAGCACAAGUUCGUGGAAGUUGAAGGUGGAUUGAAGAUCCAUGUAGCAGACAUCGGAACAGGCGACAAAGUUCUCCUCUUUCUCCACGGAUUCCCGGAGAUCUGGUACUCAUGGCGGCACCAGAUGGUUUCCCUGUCCAAAUCCGGGUACCGGGCCAUCGCCGUCGACUACAGGGGCUACGGGCUGUCGGAUCCCCCGCCGAGGACUGAAGACGCCACGUACGCCAACAUCGUCGGCGACCUUGUCGCCAUCCUGGAUUUUCUCGGAUUCCCCAAGGUGGUGCUCGUAGGGAAAGACUGGGGCUCUUUCGUUGCUUCUUGGUUCGUGGUUCUCCACCCUGACAGGGUAUUGGGUCUAGUGAACAUGGGUAUCCCGUUCAUGAUCCCGGGCGCUUCCCCAGCCGGUUCGCCGCCCCCUGAAGGCGUCUAUACUUCCCGGUGGCGGGAACCAGGACGAGCCGAAGCUGAUUUCGGCCGGCUAGAUGCGAAAACCGUGGUGAGAAACGUGUACAUACUCUUCUCCGGCAGCGAGCUGCCUACUGCAGCUGAGAAUCAGGAAGUCAUGGACUUAGUCGACCCGUCGACUCCUCUCCCGCCAUGGUUCUCCGAGGAAGACCUCGAAGCUUAUGGAGCUCUGUACCAGAAAUCAGGGUUCCAAACUGCCCUCAAGAUCCCCUACAGAUCGUUUGAAGAGAAGCCAGACUUACCGAUAACAGAGCUGACAGUGAAGAUCCCAUCAUUGCUGAUAAUGGGGAGCAAAGACUACUGCCUGAAAUUCCCGGGGAUGGAAUACUACAUCAACAAUAUGGUGAAGGAAUUCGUUCCUGGUCUGGAGACGGUGUACUUGCCUGAAGGGACUCACUUCGUUCAGGAGCAGUUGCCUGGAGAAGUGAACCAGUUGGUGCUUAGCUUCCUGAAAGCUCGAAUCUGGCCAUGAGAAAUGGGAAUGAACUCGGUGGGUGAUAAUGGUGAAGGAAAAAAAGGGUCUAUGCUCAUGUUUAGUGUUGUAACUUGUAAGCCUAAUAGCCUUGAGUUUUUGCUACGCAGUCAGGAUGGGGAUUCGGUAAUGGUGCUUUGGAUUCAUCUGAAAAUAGGUUUCAAGAGUUAUGGUUCCAAGCUCGAGUUUCUCAAUAUUCAUAGGGUAAUUUAUCAAUAAGCAAUCUUUCGGAUUGUAGUAUGGGAACAUUCAGAAAGGUUUAAAAGGAAUAAAGGACUAGUGUUUCGUUUCUCUCUCGGAUUCUCCUCUUUCGUUGUUCCUUCCUUCCAUAACUCUGCAAUCUCUUGUCAGGCUCUCACCACUGGCUCCUGUAGCUUCGUCUUGUAAUAUUUAUAGGAUUAUUUGAUCAUUCUAAUUAUCGAGAUCAAUUGGAUAAUGAAUGGUUAAACGAUAU